AUGUCAGCGGGUAGCAUAGAGGAAAAGAAUGAAAUUCUAAACAUCCAGAUGGGAGACAUCAUAGCACACGGAGCGACCUCAACUGUAAGAAAAGGAAAAAGCCCAAGUGGGGCAGAAUAUGCCAUAAAAAUUAUAUUUGCAGAUAGUCUUACACGAAAGCAAGAGGCAAAAAAAGAAGCAUCUAUUCACAGGGCACUUGCCCAUAAGCACAUUGUGAAACUGCAGAACUUCUAUCUUUCUAAGACGCAUGCGUACUUAAUCAUGGACUAUGCUGCAAGGAAUGAGCUAUUUAUGUAUAUAGACCCAGGAGCAGGUUUGCCUGCUGACAUAUGCCACCUGUACCUCAAACAGUUAUUUUCCGUUAUAAAAUACAUACACAGCAGAGGAAUAUGCCACCGAGACAUAAAGCCAGAAAACAUUUUACUUGACAGCAACUACAACCUGCUCUUAACAGACUUUGGGUGCUCAACAAUUUACAGAGAUGUAAAUGGGCGCAGACCGCUUACUAAGCAGUGCGGAAGCCAAAACUACAUGGCACCAGAUAUUCACUAUGGAAAGUACGACGGAGAGCUGGUGGAUGUCUGGUCAUUUGGAAUGGUAUCUCUUGUGCUUCUCACAGGAGUAGUCCCGUGGGAGAAGCCAACCACAGACGACAAAGAGUUUGAGAGAUUUCGAAUUAGCACAUUCCGAGACUACUCGCCCUUCAACCUUCUCAGCAAAGAUAAGCUAGAGAUGAUUGAAAAGUGCAUAUCCGUUAGUCCAGAAAGAAGAAUCCGCCUGAGCCAGCUGAGUGAAAAUGCAUGGCUUGCAGCACCAAACCUCUAUAUGGGCCCAGAUGGUCUAGUAAGAUCCCCAGAGAUUGUUGCAGCAAAACUAGUGCCUGCAGAGGCAGCAGCCUUCACACAGCCAGACAUGUGCAUCUCUCCUGUUGGCAGAGAGUGCUCCUCGCAGCCCGUCUUUUUAAGCUACGACACUUUCCCAAUGGCAACAAGAAUAUACAGCUGUGCCUUAGUAAGUGUAAGCCAGAAAAUACUCUGCAAUGCAUUUUCUGAUGUUCUUAUUCCAUAUAAGGCAACAGGAAAUAUUAUUUCAUUCACAACAGUCGACAACUCCAAGAAUAUUAUCACAGGAGAGGUGUAUCUCAGGAAAAGUGGAGCAGAGACACUCAUAAUAUUCCAGAGAACAAGAGGUGACUGCCUAGAGUACAAAAAGCUGUUUAACGUUAUAAAGGACCGAUUUAUGAGGAAUUUUGAAAACUAUGCGAAUAGAUAG